CAGAUGGCGAGAAUUGCUCAUACUCUCCUCCGGCUGUUCAGCACGACCCCGAACAAAUUGAGCUUUAUAAACACCUCAGAGCAACUUCAAGGCUCCCCACCACCUCCCAGCAGCUACCUUGUACCUCAAAUUCAACCAUUAACUCCACAUCUCAGCUCAAAACCAAAACAGCAAAACGUAAUCAAACUGAACUCUCAAAACCUCAACCCGAACGGAGCAACUCCAUUGAAGAUCCAAUUGGAAUCGAGUUUGAAAAUAAGCCCAAAUACAAGUUCAGGGUUCACUUCGUACCCCCGUCAGUAAAGAAUCCAGACGGAGCCAUCCUGAGAAAUCGAAUGGAGCCAGACGUAUUCCCACCAUCUAUGUUCAUGGCAUCAGUACUGAUUUUAUUCUUCAUUGUCGGGCCUGCACUAAUUUGUAUUUCAAAAGUCUCACCUGAAGGCAUCGAAAGUCCACCAGAGUCGCCAAAAUUUACCGGUGUUUUUUUACCAACCGAAAACGGAGAUGACGAAAGACUUGCACCCACUUUGUUAGCAACCGGUGUAACCCUGAUUGUUGUCGGAGUAUCGGGGGUACUGUUGCAAAUUUGUAUCAAUCUUCUUCUUGCGAAGAAGAAAAAGUCGACCAAAGGAAGCGCGUUUCAAAUGUUGAGUCGUUGAAAUGACUCGAUGAAUUGAACAUAUAUCUAAAGAUCAUUGAAGGCUCAUUUGAUUAUAAGUACUGAUACUGUUGUACUUUAUAAUUAUUCUAACUGAAAAAACAUUGGGUUGAUAG